AUGUCGCUUUCAGUUCAAUCGUUGAAUGGGGACACUUCCUUCCUCCUUACCUUCGAUCCACCCGCAGCCCCACUAUCGUCACCAGGGUUGUUUCCAGGCUCCUUUACCAUUCUUGUUGACCCGUGGCUGACAGGACCGUCAAUCAUCCUAAACUCUAUUUUCUCGCACUCUGAACAGCGGGCGAAGCCAUCCAUCUCCAGCCUUGAGGAACUUGAUCGCGAACCCGACCUCGUUCUCAUCUCUCAAGACAAGCCAGAUCACUGUCAUGAAGCGACGCUGCGUCAGCUCUCGCCUGACUCCGAGUCAACCAUUCUCGCCAUCCCGGCCGCAGCCAAGAAGAUCCGUGCGUGGAAACACUUCCGUCCUGACCUCGUACAUGCGCUCCCGAGGUACGUGCAAGGAGAUGGUCGAUCUGUAUAUCGCAUAGUACUACCGCCGCCCACGCCCCGAGGAACAUGCGGUGAGGUUACUGUGACCUGGAUACCAGCAAAGCGGGACCUUUCCAAAGUACAUCAUGCGAUUGGCAUCACAUACCGGCCUCCAUGUACCGUGCUCUCUUCGUUGAGUCCAAUGCACUACAUUGAUCUCCCCAUGAGCCCACCGCUGUCACCGGCGUCAACCAUGACAUUUGCCUCUUCGCCUAGCACCAUUGUACCAUCGCCAUUUAACGAUCGUGAGAAGACACUAUCCGUCAUCUACUCCCCCCAUGGUGUGUCCUUUGAUGUGCUACGCCCAUACGCAAGCUCCUUUCUUGUCUCGGAAUCCGCGCUUCCCCUCACGGCACUUCUACAUUCGUUCGACAUCGUUGAGAAUCCAUGGUGGCUCGGCGGUAACAUUUCUGCCGGGUCACCUGGGGGUACCGAGAUUGCGAAGAGCCUGUAUGCUAAAGCAUGGAUCUCUGCGCACGACGCAGACAAGGACAAUCGUGGGUGGGCAGUUAAGCUGACGCAGAUUGCACAACAUGCAGUUGAUGAAAUCAAGAAGAGGUUGGAUGACGGUGUUGUCAGGAAGAAGUUACCUAAUACGGAGGUCAUCAGCCUUGCCUCUGGUGAACAACAUCGGAUUGCUGUAGGUUGA